CGACAUCAUCGCGCCAACAUCGCCCUCUAGCGGUGGGCCGGCCUCCAUUGCCAUCGUGCCAGCCUGCCUAUCCCGAUCGCCUCGUCUCUCUUGUCCUCCUUCCAUCGCCCAAGCGCUCAUCCGCAAACGGCCUAGCAUCAACUUCUAUUUGUCGCGCUCCUGAUACUCCCUUCAUCAGCGCCAGUCAACAAGGUCGCCUCUAUUCAACGUGUCACGGAGGUUCCCAGGUCAACGUGUAUCAAGCGACAAGCACUGUGAAAGGUUGAAAUCACCAGGGUGUCUGGGCGAUGAGCAGCUACCCGCAACGGCCGCCAAAGCCCAGCUCCUAUAGCCCGACGUUCCUUGCACGUCAGGCGAGCUAUGAGACAGACGGACGCAGAGACGGCGUAUAUAUUGACAGCGAUGCGUUUCGUUUAGAUGCGCCAGCGGCACAUGGCGCGUACAUGCACGCAAACGACUAUGAUACGCAUGCUUAUGAGCCUGAUGAAGGCUUCACGCAGCAGGCCUCACAUGGCACUAGGCCGCUUCCUUGUCCGCCGCCUCUAUUGAGCAUGCCAGAGUCGCCAAUGAGCUAUACUCUGCAUGACGAAGCGCCUGCAACCAGACGAAGACGCAGCAGUGCUAGUCAACACCGACUCUCCUCUGCAGGCUAUGCACCGCCGCAUCCAUUGACGCGUGAUCUUUCCUUUGAGUCUCAGCCAUGGCAACCGCAGGAAUCAUCGCGAAGGAUGUAUGAGAGCUUAUAUCAACAGCCGCUUGAAGAGCCGUACCCUGUUGAUAUGUACGAUGCGUACGAAGCACAAGUGGACCAACGUGGCACUGGAGUACAGCAGGGAUAUGGAGAUCCUGUGCAAAUGCACCGCGAAAGUACCUAUGCAUCGCUCGAGUCGCCUUAUUCCCCUCAAUCUGCACGACCUCUGCCGACGCCCUUGAGUAGAGGCAACGCCAACGACGCAGGCGCUUAUAGCUAUACAAGCGAUGAUUCGAUCACCGCAUGGGAUGCUGUCUCUGCAUAUCACCAGGAACCUGAGCACCACCGACGCUCCACAACAUCCAUCUCGUCGGGAGGCUACAAGACCUUGCCACCUGUACCAUCCUCGAGUUAUGCUCUGGCGCAUUCUCCGCCCAAGAGUGGAUACUUUCAACGUUCUGGCUCCUUGCCAGCUUUGACUACCCAAUCAGGCCAUGCAAAGCAAGCAUCACUCAACCAUUUCCUAGAGGAAUCAGCCGAGACUCUGCGUGCUAUGCCUGGUAGACCGCUUCCAUCGCCUCAACGAUCGCCUUUACCGCCUGUGGAUGAGCACUUUGCAAAAUCAAGGCAAAGUGCAACGUUCCCGCGAAUACAUGGAGAUGAUCAUCGUCGGUCCGGCAGUGUUGUGACGCUCGACCAACUCGGUGCUCGACUUGAUCGUCGGCCUACACGCACACAAUCGCCGCAACCUGCAGCCGUUUCGAUGACCCAGCAGGUUUUAUCUUCAGCAGACUACGAUUGCUGCUCGCACGUCUGGUCGCGAUCAAAUGUCUUCCUUUGGCUCUACACCACACUGCAAGAUCCAACAUCAGCCAACAUCUCGGUUGCACUCGUGGGUCUUUUCACACAUCAUGUACCAACACUCUCUAUUAUCCAAGCUGAAAAGGUGGCACAGAGUUUACUAGACUCUCUCUUCUCCGCUGGUGAGCUGGUCCAAAUCGAGCGAGGCGCUGAGACGUUGCGAUUCGCGACCGAUGUCGGUGAUGGCGUCUUGCCACUCCUGACAGGUCAUGGAUGCUAUGCGCCAUAUUGUCAGGAUGGUCCCUAUCGCUGCUAUGCGUCUCGUUGCUCACGCACCCCUGCUAGACACACACAGCAAUCUGCCGUUGUGAAUCGUGAAGAUUGGGCGGCGUUCUGGGGGCUGUCGGGGGAUUCAGAGUUACUCAAGACGCUUUCCAAGGAUGAAAUUCAACGACAGUAUCAGAUUCAUGAAGUGGUGUAUUCCGAACGAGACUACAUCGAGACCCUCAAAGUCUUGACGGAUGUCUACAGCGAUUCCUUUGUCGCUGGGCACGUUGGACAACAAGAAGUAGGAAAUCUCCUCUUUGGACUGGUUCCACGACUCUUGAUGCUCUCUGAACAGCACCUCGAACCAGCCCUUCGAGCCCGUCAAAGUGAACAGGGUCCCUGUGUCCAAAAUCUUGGCGAUCUCUUCAUCUCCUGGAUAGAACUCGCCAAGGAUACUUAUUUGCAAUAUGCAGCCAAUCUACGACAUGCCGAUCGUGCUGUACGUUCACGAAAGGCGCGGGAUCCAGCGACACAACGGUGGCUUGCACAGUGUGAGCAAGACCCUCGAACUAAAAAACUUGACUUGUUUUCUUAUAUGGGCGCACCAACGCGUCGUUUGCAGCGAUAUGCACUCUUACUCAGUGAUGUCCUCAAAAAGACACCGCAAGAUGAUCGCGAGUAUGGCAUGCUUGGUCGAGCAAUUUCUGCUGUGCAAGAAGUCUGUCAUGCGUGCAACAGCUGUGUUGAACGUGCAGAGAAUAAAAUCAUGCUGAUGGAUUUGCAUGAACAGAUUGUCUGGCGUGUGCCGAAACGCGAUCUAGGAUUACUGGAGACUGGUCGAGCUAUGUUGCGACGUGAGCACCUUCAGCGCAAGUCUGAGUCGCAUCUUGAAUGGCAGACGCGUGAAUUGGUCUUGCUGGAUCACUACAUGUUGUGUUUGAAGAGCUCUCGAGAUGGUCCAGGUCGGGUCUUAUCACGGCCACCGAUUCCUAUUGACUAUCUGGUUGUUGAGGACUAUGAUGAAAUCAUUUACAAGGCGUCCACCUCUAAAAUCUUGGGUGGCACAAUGACGCACAGUAUUGCAUCGCCAAUGGAUGCAUCAGGGCGUCGCUUCACGCAUGAUUCCAGCUUCUCAUUGAGUACGACGGAAUCUGCCAAGUCGCCGAGCGAACUCUCGCACACGCUCACCGUCACAUCCACCAACUCACCCGGCAUAUCGAGAGACAAUUCAAAAAUGCUCUUCCCAUUCACAGUGAAGCAUGCUGGUCGCUGGGAGAAGCACGAUGGUGAUGAGAAAUGGACUUUGUAUGCAGAAACGGCUGGAGCACGCGCUGCAUGGGUGGAAGCUAUUCGCAAAGCCAAGCAAGACAGGUUUCAAAAGUACAAGCAUGCUGAACCAUUCAGGAUACAGCUCUGCGCAACAGAGGCAUUCGGCAGCUAUAAUCCAGAAGGUCUUGGCUUGACGAGUGCAGGGGUUGCUGAUGCACGACCUAGUCCUGCCGCAUUACGACCGCCAGAAAAUACGCUCGAGCUGGCAUUACAGCAAGCACCUGCCGUGCAACUCAAUACGCAACCACUGACUUUUGCACGUGUCCAGUGUGCCACUAUGUUUCGAGGUAGUGCAGGUGAGGAUAUGCUUAUGCUUGGUACGGACGAUGGACUGUAUCAUGCCGUCAUCCAUGGUGCUGCUGCCUCUGUUUGGACAAAAGUUGCUUCCUUUCCAAGAGUCACGCAAGUUGCUGUGCUCGAGCAAUUUGGAUGUGCCAUGGUCUUGGCAGAUAAGAGUCUGACUGCCUAUCAGCUGGACGACCUGCUCUAUCCUCAACCUGGGCAAAAGAAGAAACGAGUACCGCAAAAGUUGAGUGGCAGUAAGGAUGUUGGCUUUUUCGAGGUUGGGAUCAUGAAGGACCGUUUGCUCGUUGUCUACAAGAAACGCGACAAUGGCACGUCCGUCUUCAAGGCACUGGAACCUGUUGUUGGUCGCAAGCAAGAGAAUCGGUCACUCUUCAGAAAGUCGACUCACUCUGGCAGUGGCACAGAUUUCUUUCGCGACUUUGACCAAUUCUUCAUUCCUGCUGAUUGCUACGGUAUGCAAUACCUUCGCAGCACCAUUUGUGUACGCUGUUCGCGUGGCUUUGAGAUCCUGAGUCUCGACUCAAAACAGCCCAUGACGAUUCCGGAUCUGACAUCUCCGGCUACUGCUUCACUCAAGGCAAGAAUUGACGGUGCACGACCACUUGGCACCUAUCGCCUGGCCUCUAGUCCGCCCGACGCACAGGGUAAUCCCGUGGAAGGUGAGUUUCUUUGCUGUUACACGGCCUGUGCGUUAUUUGUCGACAAAUAUGGACAACUCUCACGAGCGUAUACCCUUGAAUGGGAAGGACGACCCCAGCAUGCUGUCUUGCUAGGCAAUUACAUUGUCGCUGCUGGUCCGAGUUUCGUGGAAGUUUGGAAUGUUGAAAAGCGGCGAUUGCGACAGGUCAUCACGGGUAAGGAUGUACGGAUUUUGCCUUAUAGCAGUGCAGGUGGUGGUCUGACUGGUUCUGGCAGUGAGGAUGUGGCGUCGCGAGGCGUUAUGCUUGCCAUGGCACAUCCGUUCAAAGCAGGUCGACAAGUUGUCUUGGAGCUUCGAUUGCGUUAAUGUAUCAACGAACCUUGUGAAG